CUGCUCAAGCUAUGGGACCAGUUGAUCACCUGUUGAUCAUUUGCAAAAGAAAGCUGAGACUUUGCUGGAGAUCAGGACAGACCCACAGCAAGACCGGGUGUAGAUUUUGGAGGAAAUGAAGCACCUUCUCCAAUACACGGGCUGCUUCUUGGCCUUCUUCUCAGCCGGCUUCCUGAUUGCUGCGACUUGGACAGACUGUUGGAUGGUGAACACGGACGACUCCUUGGAGUUGAGCGCUACCUGCCGCGGCCUUUGGUGGGAAUGCGUCACCAAUGCCUUUGAUGGGAUAACAACCUGCGAUGAAUAUGACUCCAUCUUGGCUGAGCACCCAGUGAAACUGGUCCUGACCCGAGCGAUGCUCAUCACAGCUGACAUCCUGGCUGGCUUCGGGUUCACCUUCCUCCUCCUGGGCCUGGACUGUGUGAAAUUCCUUACGGACGAACCUGGAAUCAAAACCCAAAUCUGCUUCAUAGCUGGACUGGCUCUGCUAACGGGAGGUGUCCCUGGGCUCAUUGGAUCCGUCUGGUACGCCAUCGGCGUCUACGUGGAGCGCUCGACUCUGGUUUUGCAUAACGUCUUUGUGGGCAUCCAGUACAAAUUUGGGUGGUCCUGUUGGCUGGGGCUGAGCGGGUCUCUGGGCUGCUUCUUAUCUGGCUCCUUGCUAACCUGCUGCAUGUAUCUCUUCAGAGAUGUUGGUGCAAGUAGUUCGUUGCGGAAGACUUAUUCCCCUCCUGGGAUGAGCAGCCUGUGCCGCCCAGCCUCCCAGACCACUACUGCCAAAAUGUACGCCAUGGACACCAGAGUGUGAGGAAGAGGAGAUCCUGAGAGGACUUGGCUCACCUCCUUUGUAACUUAUGGGGCUGCCCCACAUGCCCGAAAGGGUCUCCAGAGGCUGUGAUUCUGUCCCAAGGACUUUGGCUGUUUCCACCAACCAUGUUCAGGACAAUCUCUCAUCCCUAACAAAUGUCUGUUAGUUUGUUUUGAGAAUCGUGCCCAUGGUGAAUGCAGCGGGUCCUGGUAAAACCCAUAAUUUAACUUCAGUGGUCAAAUGGCAGGGGGUUGGACUAGAUGACCCGCUGCCCCCUUCCAAUGAUUCCAUAGCCCAAGAAAUGUGGCUGUUUGAUGCAGCCUUGGAGGUGUGACUCAUCAGCUGAUUUCAGGGCUCCCCUUCCACAGCACACCCUCUCCUGCUUGUGGGGGUCUGAAUGUGCAUGGCACUGUUUGGCCGGAUGCCAUCCCCAGGGCCAGAUUUAGAUGGAGAGCGGCCCUCGGCUACUCCACUUGUUAGGCCCCUCCCAAUCCCCCACCCUCACGACUAGAAGAAAAUGGAAGAGUGUUAUGGACAAAACUGUGUGAAGCCAAGGGUGAUGACGAGUAUUUAAAAUUCUGCAAUUCACACUAUCUCCUCUAAAGGACAUCAGAAAACGUCAUCAAAAUUUAUUCAAGUUUCAAUGUACAGAAAGCUCAGUGCGGACAACCUCUCUUGAGACAUCGUGGCCCUUAAUUCAUUUUUAAUUCUUUUGAGUCUUGGAAAACUCCUCUCUCCUGAGCAGUUAGUGACCAUAAAGCUAAGAAAUAGCCGCUAGGUUGCUUCCACAUUAGGAAAGGCCAUCUGAAUUUUUCCUUGAUCAAGGUCUGUAUGAGACAGAGAGGGCUCUGCUGUAAGCCUAUGGCUUUGUCUCACGUACAGAUUGCAAAGUGCAAAAGUUCUUCAGCCAAUUAGCCUAUACAUAAAUCGGGCACCGGGCAUCCCACAGGUGCAGGGAAGUUUUCUCUUCUGGAAAACAGGACAAGAGCAGCACAACACUCAGAAUUGGUGGCAUGUAAUGAGGGACGUUUUGGGAGCAAUUCUUAGGAAUCGAUGCUGCUUUUGGGGUUGCCCGAGUCCCUACUUGCCUGCUAUUUCCCCUGCCUGUAUAUGUGUAAAUAAACAGAUAAAACAAACCAC